GACGAAGGCCGUCUAGCAAGGACAGGCCGAGCUAAUCAGCAUGCUCCGCGCUGGCAGAAGAACACUGUGUCGUCGACCGGGCUCGAUAUACUCCAAGAGGUUCGCAUCGACGGACGUGCCGCAAAAUGCCGAGGCCGUCGUCAUCGGCGGUGGCGUUAUCGGGUGUUCCACGCUGUACCAUCUUGCCAAACGCGGUUGUCGCGCUGUGCUCGUCGAGAAAGAUCGUCUCACUGCGGGGACUACUUGGCACACAGCUGGACUUGUGUGGAGACUACGACCCAGCGACACUGACAUCCAGAUUCUCAAUCACACCAGAUAUUUGCUCAAGGACGUUCUCGAAAAGGAGAGCGGUCUGAGCUCAGGAUGGAUAAACAAUGGGGGGCUCUUCGUUGCGAAUCACAGACAACGUCUCGAAGAGUAUAAGCGACUGAUGACGAUCGGAAAACUCUUCGGGAUCGAAUCUCACGUUCUGACCCCAGCAGAAACGAAGAAACUCUUUCCUCUGAUGAACGUGGACGAUGUCUACGGCACCCUCUAUUCCCCCGGCGACGGCUCCGUAGAUCCGUCGAACUACUGUGCGGCUCUCACCAAAGUUGCGACAAAUCACGGUGCAGUCGUCAGAGAACACUGUUCCGUUAUCGACAUUGAAACCAAGGUUGACGACUUCGGAGUGAAGAGAGUCGCAGGCGUGACGACUCCCUUCGGCACAAUAUCGACUUCGAGGGUUGUAAACUGCACCGGGGUUUGGGCCCCGAAGAUCGGAGCGAUGGUUGGAAGCGACGUUCCCUUGUCAGCGCUGAAGCACGCCUAUGUCGUGACGAACUCCAUCCCCGGCAUCGCGAAUAUGCCCAACGUCAGAGAUCACGAUCUUUCGCUGUAUUUCCGCAUACAAGGGGAUAGUAUUGCCCUCGGAGGAUAUGAAUCCAAUCCAAUCUUCGUCGAUAAGAUGGAUGACGACUUCGCUUUCGGGUUGUUCGACUUGGAUAUGGACGUUUUCGACAUCCACCUGAAGCACGCCGUCCAGCGUUGUCCGACUCUCUCGGAAAUCGGGAUCAAAUCAACGAUUUGCGGACCAGAAUCGUUCACCGCCGACCACAAGCCUCUGUUGGGCGAAGAUAUCAAUGUGAGAGGCUUUUUCCACGGUUGCGGGAUGAACUCUCUCGGUAUGAACGGCAGCGGGGGUGUGGGUCGCGAAUUGGCGGACUGGGUUCUCGAUGGCAGACCGCAACUCGACAUGUACGCCUAUGACAUAAGACGGUUCUCGCCACAAGUCGUGAGAAACGCUCGGUGGCUUCGCGAACGAAUUCACGAGGCUUACGUGAAAAAUUACUCGAUUGUUUACCCGCACGACGAACCUCUUGCUGCUAGACCAAUGAGGAAAGAUCCUCUAUUUGAAGAUCUUCUGAAUCAGGGCUGUGUUUAUGAAGAGCGACACGGCUUCGAACGUCCCGGGUGGUUUGCACGCGACGGGCGCAACCAGCUUCGGGAAUACGACUACUACGGUAAUGAAGGAUUCAAGCCCCACGAGAACUACAAAUACGCUGGCAAGCUCGCCAUGGACUACACUUUCGAUUUCCCGAAACAGCACAAUACGAUCAGGGAGGAAGCUCUUGCCUGCCGGGAGCAUGUUGCGAUUUUCAACAUGUCCUACUUCGGGAAAUACUUCCUGCACGGUCCCGAUGCCCAGGAGGCUGCAGACUGGAUCUGUAGUAACAGAGUCAAUCGCCCAGAAGGGUCGACAGUGUAUACAUGCAUGCUGAACAAGGCGGGAGGCGUGGAAGCAGAUUUGACAUUCAGCGUUGUCAGAGGCGGCACGGGGAAAACACCUGCGGACCCUGCGUUUUCCGGACCUGGUUUUUACAUAGGCGGGGGAGGGUCAGCGACCCAAGCCUGGACACAUAUAAAACAAACGAUCGAGGAUAAGAACUUCCGGUGCCACUUGUUGGAUCAUUCGAACUUCAUGGGACUCCUCAGUAUCCAGGGCCCUCAGUCCCGAGAGCUGCUCUCUGCUCUCACUUCUGCUGAUCUCAGUGACGCAGCUUUUCCUUUCUCUACCCACCAAUUAAUUGAUUUCGCCGGCCAUUCGGUGAGAGCUAUGCGUCUCAGCUUCGUUGGAGAACUAGGCUGGGAGCUUCAUGUACCCUACGAUGGUUUACUCGAUGUGUAUAGAACUAUUAUGCGCGCUGGUGAAAAAUUCGGUCUGCGGAAUGCGGGGUACAGAGCCAUCGACUCGCUAUCUCUGGAAAAAGGUUAUCGUCAUUGGCACGCUGAUCUUCGUGUCGACGACACUCCGCUCGAAGCCGGGCUCGGCUUCACGUGCAAACUGAAGGAGUCCACCCCGUUCCUAGGUAGAGAAGUCUUGGAACGCCAGAAAGUGGAAGGCCUGAAGAAACGUAUAGCGUGCUUCACGCUGGACGAGCACGUGCCGCUUCAUGGGCUGGAAACUAUUCAUCGCAACGGCGAAAUCGUCGGAUUCAUUCGGAGAGCUGAUUUUGCCUUCGCGCUGAACAAAUCCAUCGGAUACGGCUACCUGAAAAAUCCGUCCGGCGAAUCCGUCACUACAGAUUGGAUGAUCAGCGGAGAUUAUCAGAUCGAGAGCCGGGGAGCUCUUCUACGGGCAAAACUACACACGACGAGUCCAUUCGAUCCUUUGAGUAACCGGGUCAAAGGCAUUUACUGA